CCUCGUAAAAUAAAAUAUUGUAUGGUUUUUAUUUCGCACGGAGUUAAAUGUUGAAUAUUCAUAGAUGGUUUGAUGCGUCGUUUCACAAUUUCAUAUUUCUGCAGUAAUUUUUUAUUGGAAUUAAAAUAAUAUUCCUGUGACGUCAUGCAUCAUCCAACCAUCAUAUUGCUCACAGCAUACAUAGCAAAUGCCGUAAGACUAAACAGCCUAUUUCAAAUGCUCGACGGGUUCAAGUCGGACUUCAACCUCCAAGGACAACUCCACGUUGGCAAAGACUACGCUAUAUUCCUAAGAAAACCGCAAGCACACGACAAGUACCUAACAUACGAAUUAUAUCGAACGAAGAACGUUGAUGAUGUCGAUUCACAACCAAAACUAUUAGCAAUAUCCAAAAUACCCGUUUCGUACAUUCGAGAACAAUUGAGAAUAUUCCGGGAUGAGUUGUAUAGAACGAAGUAUAUAGACAAUAAUGUUGUACCGGGCACUCAAGUGAAAACAUUGAGAGAGUGGCAAAUAGAGAGGGCAUUGAACUCACAGAAUAAAGCCUUAAUGGUCGGAGAGCCGUCGGUAUUGCGAACUCUGGUUCUGUAAUGAUUCGGUUCAAUUGUUUUAAUAUACUGUAUAUUUCUUAAUAU